UUUUUGUAAACACAUGUGAUUAGCAAAGCAUUUCAAAGCAAGCAUAACACUUACUACUAGAGGGAGACAAUUGUAAGAUUUCCAUGCGAAUAUAUUUUAUACUUUUAACACGUUUUGGAAAUGCUUGAUAUGAGGAUUUAUGUAAACAAUGGAAAUGUUAGCAGUUAGCUUAGUAGCGAAGAAUGUCUACUGAAACACACGUUUAAUUAUAAUAAGAGCCACAUGAAUGAAUGUAUCUGCUUAUGUUUGACUUAUGUAAGUCAUAAGACGCAGAUGUUCUCCAGUAUAUUCGUUAAUGUUAACUGUUGUGGUUUGGAUAACACUAACGUUAAUGUGAAUUUGAGCGACGCUAAAAUGAUUGCAGAGUCUGAAUAUAAAAAGACAGAGAGUUGACUUCUCCCAGCACUUACUUAGAUGCCGUUUCUGAAGAUUAUCCCGCUUAGUGUUGUGUUAGUCCGUGUGUUUUAAGUGAACGGUGUGAGUAUCGUCCCCUAUGUGCAGCAGUAAAAGCAGCUGUGAUCUCCUGACUUCGAGAUCCAGAGGAUCCUGCUCCAGUGACGCUGGCAGAUUACUGGGAGCAAAUCUCAAGAUCCUGAGAAACAUCAUUCUCCAAGAUGGUGCAGAAUUCACAAAGGUUUGGAGCAAGACUUCCAAGUCCCUCAUCUCCUAUGAAAGUGGACGGAUAUAUUUUGAUAAUUACAGGUGUUGUUACAGCAGCCUUUUGCCUGAGCCAGAACAGCUGUAUGAGCUUCCCAAAGCUCCCAAAAUGGAGAAGAUUGAAGAUGCUUUAUUAUGCCAGUGUCCUCUAGACAAAGUUCUGCCAAACGCUUCAGACCAGAAAUCAUGUCUGCUGGUCCUGACAGCUCAUAACUGGUUAUAUCGGCUCUCAGCUGACACAGGAAAAACACUAGAGCGGAUCUAUAUAUCGUCUGUCUGUCUAUUUUUUGUUAACAGAUCUUUAGGUUGGGACUCCUCACAGGAGACAUUUUAUGUCAAAUCCGUCCAGAGCAAACAGACGACUCUGGAACGACAGGCUGGUGUUGAUAAUAGCAUCCUCAUGCGUGUGGCCGUUUUUCAAGUCUUUCCACUGGAGCUUGUAGGAAUGCUGGAAAUAAAUAAAAAAGUGUUUGGGAAGACUGCUGUGGAUGUGCUGCUGUCACAGGGAGUGUUAGCUGUGUCACACAGCUCAAAACACGUCAGACUUUACAGUUUUGAGUACAUUGUUAAUAAGUUUAGAAAUGAGGAGUUGGCUUUGGGACAGCAGUCUGAGCUGAAAGGAAUUGUGGGAGAAGCUCCAUAUGGUAUUCCGGUCAACAUUCACAUUCACGAGUGUCCUCCCGUAUUGUUUGAGAUGUCAUACUUUGAGGACGGGGUUCAGAUCGGAGGUCAUCCCUGGCACUACAUCUACACCCCCAACCACAAGAGACACAGAGGAACCCAUCAUAUCUGCUCUAUCACAGACGGGGCGCUGGCUAAGAAUGGCGUCCAGGACAUGAAAUGUGACUCUCUGGAAGCAGACUGGAUCUUUUUUCACCCAGAUGACUCGGGUCGAAUUGUGCAUGCUGGGCCCAGCACAAUAAAUGUUCUGAAGAUCAUGGCUGAAACAGGAUGUGACUGGAAGAAUGAGAUCGUCACCGACUUCUCCAUCACCGCUGCUCGUGACAAUAGAGCCCCUCAGGUGAUUGUGACGUCUUCUGGCCGAGCGGUGAAAAGGAGAUUCCAGUUGUUAGACGAUGACCCUGCGCAGGAGACAUUCAGAAUGGUGAAGUAUGAAGAUGAACUUGAUCUGUUGGCUGUGGUAGACAUCACUCAGACUGAAGAUGAAGGACAGGCCCAUCUACGGCUACAUGACAAUAAGACGGGGGUUUUAAUGAAGAGAGUUCCUCUAAAAGAGCUAUGGGAUGUGACCUACAGUCACGAGGUUUACUUUGAUAGAGACACGAUUAUUCACACUGUCCAGGAGAAAAAUAACUCCUACUGCUGCCAUGUUUAUAAAAUAAAGAGACGAGCUUCGGAUGAACCAUGAGCACAUUUCAUAUUCCUGUAUGUGAUGAUUAGUAAUGAACUAUAGUGUGUUUCUCAAAAAAAAAAAGAUUUUUCAAUGUGGAUUUUUGAGAACUCGAAAGCAAAAUAUAUUUGUCGUUCACACUGUCAUUUGGCUUGAAAAAUAAUGGCCCUGGACAAACACAUUUAUUUGUUGAUGGAAUUUAACUUGAAAGACUUUUCUAUUCAGUUAUUUUAUCUACUUGUAACUUUACUAAUAAAGACUAGUUUGUGACAAAUACUCUCUUGUCAUCA